GAUAUACCGUAAAUAUACCGUCGGUUCCAUUUUGACCUAAAAAAAUACCGAAAAGUAUUAAAAACUCAACCGUAUGAUGGGUAGCACUGUUGCCGCGAAAAUUCAAAUCGACUAAACUGAAACUUGUAUUGGCCUUUCAAGCACAUUGUUAAAUAACUCAAAACGAUAAAUUCAAGGAUGUCAGAGCUGGAUAUUGUACAUCGUGUAUUUUGGAGAAAAUAUUAUUCUGUCAGAAUACUGACGGUUUUCAUUGGAGGCUUCUCGACAGUGAUUGGUAUGUGGGCCGCAUGCUUGUUCCUCGCCGCGAAAGGUUCCCACAAGCAAAGCGUAAAGAUCUUCUGGACAUGUACCUCAAUUGCAUAUUCGUUGUCUUCACUGCUGCUCGUUGUUGGCGCUCUGAACAAUCGUCGGUACUUGUUUGUGCCCUGGGGAAUGCUCAUCCUGAUGGGAAUCGCCGCGUAUACAAUGGUUCUUGACUGGAUAGUCACAGUUAUUAUGUUGGCCCUCCUACUGUCAGUGCUGAUCAAUUUUAUAUUCCUUGGAACUGUGAUCUAUCAGUACAGAGCGCUAAGUCGUCUUUCUCAUCGUUAAAUUAAAUAUUUUUCAAUAAACAUGUAUCCUUAAAAUAACCUACAAAGUAUUCUGGGCGGUGGCACCGAUGGAAAUGUUAGCGAGUGAUGACUGUACACUCAUCAGCCGCUCAACCAGGAACUAUUCCUCCGACUGCCAGCAUAGGCAACAAGCGGCGGCGGCAAAAUAUGGCUAGCAAAACAAAACGAAUAAAAUGGAUUUUCCUCUCUUUCUUCUUCUUUUACUAUCACUCUCUCUCUCUCUCCUCGGAAACUCACCUCAAAAUCAUGCUAAAGGAUAUGGACAAAGGACAUCACAUCGCAAGCUUCAAAGAGCAGCAGAAAUUUCGAGAAUUUCGGAAACGAACAGAAAGGAACAGACGUCUCUGAGUGAUAAUUUUCAAAGGACUCUUGGUGUGUCGAAAACUAAUUUAAUCAGCGAACGAUACAAAUAUCAACGAAAGCCAGCUCUCAGUAUUCUAGCAGUCGAAUUUUUAUAUUGCGUAAAUAGGAAAGUUACUAUUAAGUGAAAUCAAGUGAAAUUUCGCACGUAUAUCGAUUUGUUCCAAAAACUGCAUUUGUCAUUUUGUCAAACACACACACGCACACACACGCACACCCGCGCCCACAUAAAUUACACACGGAGAGUGUGCGCUUGUGCUGGUGAGCGGAAACGGAAGAGUCAGAGACAGAGACAAGGAAACCCCGGAAACAGCUGCUCCGACGACAAAACAGUGCAAACACCACAAAGCAACAAUUGAAAGCUGACGCCAUAGAAGUUUCCUGGAAGCCACCAGCAUCUCAUCUCCCAGCAUCAGAGGAAACUGGGCCAACAGGGGAAGGCCCGCGCUCCGCUCGGUAUUUGUGCACUCGGUGGGUCCCACAGCAGAGACAACCCAAUGCAUUUGGGUGUACAACAACAACGCCCCAAGCAACAACAACAACAACGCGAGCAACAAGAGAAACAUCAGAGGCGAUUCAGGUUCAGUAAAGGACGCCAAUGUCAUCCCUACAGCGUGACUGGAAUUUGCAGGUGAGUGGAGCAGCUACAGCUCCCUCCCAUCUGUGGAGUGGGCCAAGCUCAAAGCUAUUGAGGUAGCUGGUAGAAGUGGUAGUGGCGGUGGCGGUGUCAGCGCCAGUGGCAGUGGCAGUGGAGGGUGACUGGGCUGCUUUGGUGAGCAAGCGCCGAAGCCCGUGUCGUAGGUAAACAUUGUAACCCAACCAGAGAAUGUGUCAACGUUACAUAUGACCACAUGCUGGCCAUCAUCAGCAGGUCAGCAGGCUCACAAGUGAUCCAUCUCAAUCAGCACACCCUCAAUGAUUGCAGAAGAGUCCUGCCAAGCCUCCAGCGAGGUAUAUAGUUUCAGGUGGAGCCCAAGAAUAUCGCUACAGAUUGGAUGGACAUUGGAGUGCCACUGCAAGCACUUUUCAGGUAACAAGAGUGGGAGAAAAGUACCCAAUUAGAACGCUAGGAACUGCGCUUCUGUUGCCUGCUGCUGCCAUUUCACCCACUCAACAAGUUGUGUGCGUAAGCCACCCACUGCCUUGACCGCUUAUCGUGCCACCGCAUCUGUGCCACAUAAGCAACUAGCCCUGGCAGAGGGAAAGUUUUUCUUUUCACUGAGGCUGGGCCACGAAGGCCUUGAAAUGUUGCGAAAUUGAAAACGAAUGGGGGUGUAAGCCUCCACUGUCCUGACAAUUUAGGCCGGAUUACAGCUGACAGCGGGAGCACAAUGGAAGCCUAGGAUCUGACAUUCGACAAGGUCACUGGGCUGGGGGUGGUUCCUGGCUCGCUGGGAUGCUCGCUGUGUGUGAGUCAGACUGACUCCUUCUUAUUAGUGCUGCUAGUCAGUUGUCGUUGUUGCAUUCAGCGCUUACUGUUGUAUGCCCAUUAUUUACGCAACCAUUCUACAUGGUCACUGUCGCCACUGUCGCCACCCAGCGUGGUCAGUCGCGGGCUCAGCAAGAGCAUGGAGAUUCCCACGCCGGUGAGCAACCUCAGCGAGCUGAAGCAGCAGCAGUUGUCGGACAGCGGUGGCAUCCUCAACUCCCAGCUGUUGGAGAGCAUCAAUGCCGAUGGUGCGGCAGACGACGAGGACGACGAUGAUGAUGAUGAGGAGCAGCUGCCGCGCACCUGCUGCGAGCGUAUCGAGAUGUAUCUGGACAUCAGUCUGCUGCAGGAACCGCGAUUCAUCCUGAUGACCCUCUCCGUCACCCUCAUGUCCGUGGGCUGCCCCUACAUGCUGUACUAUCUGCCUGCCCAUGUCAUCUCCAUAGGCUACAACAAAAGCGAGGCGGGCUAUUUGGUGGCCAUCAGCGCUGUCCUGGAUCUUUGUGGGCGCCUGGGCCUGGGCUGGCUAUCGGAUCUGCAUCUGUUCGAUCGCAAGAAGACCUACACCCUGUGCAUUUUGGGCGCCGGCCUGGCGGUCCUCACCAUUCCCUUUGCCAAGACACUGAUUCUGGUGGGUCUCUCCGCCGCCGUCUACGGCCUCUGCUUGGGCAGCUGGUACGUCCUGAUGCCCGUUCUCCUGGCCGACGUCUUCGGCACGGACCGGAUCAGCUCCAGCUACGGGCUGGUGCGUAUGUUCCAGAGCAUUGGUGCCAUCUCGGUGCCACCGCUGGCUGGUCUCCUGCGAGAUCUGUCGGGGGACUAUUAAAUCUGUUUCUACUGCAUGGGCUCCUGCAUGGUGCUCGGCUGCACACCGCUCAUCGUUUGGUCUAUUCUGGAGGCGCGCAACCAUCGCCUGUUCGUGCAGGGCGAGGAGGACUGCGAGGAUGACUGCGAGGAUGCCUAGGGGAUUGGAGUUACGAAUUGUGUUACCGGUUACUAAUUAGUUGGCUGUCGCCCCAUAAGUUAAUCGUGUUUUAGUAGCCAAAACGAAAAGAGAGAUAACCAAAAGGAUAAUCAUAGUUGAGUUCCUGAGUUUCAAAGUUGCGAGUGCCUCACCGAUUCUAGCCAUCACCAAUUAAUAAUUGUAUUAGCCCACUUCUGUAUCCUCAAGCCAUCUAUCAACUCCCUUUCCACUCUACAUCUCACACUCACUACUCUACACAUAUAUUUAUCUAUAAAGGGGAUCUAUGUAUCCAUAGCAUGUUAUAUUUCAGUUGAGCACGAACCAGAUCGUUUGUAUCAACAUCUUGCCGCAGAUGAGACUUGAGAAGAGAUUCAAACAAACCAACCUACUGAGCACCAAAACGUUGCGCAAAAAGAACUGAGUUAAAAAAGACAUGAAAAAACUACCCGUAUAUAAUGAUAGCUUAAUGAUAUAAAAGAAGCGAUUAAGCAACAUAAACCUAUGGACUACCACGUAUUUCCGUGCCCAAAUAAAUCAAUAUUGGAAAACUACAUAUAGAACUAGGUACGCAUAUACCCCAUAUUAAAACUGUUUCCACUUGUUUCGGUGGAGUGUUAAGUAAGUGCAUAGAGAGGCUAUGAACAGGUAAUACGAGUACGGAGAGGGUCUAUAAUCUAUCACUACAUCGCGUUGCAUUAACCUAGUUGUAAUAUAGUUGUUGUGAGACAUUUAUCCAUAAACGGAACUAACAAAUAAACACAAAAUCAAA